CUGUCUCUCUCUGUCUCUCUGUGUCUCUCACACUCACUCACUAAAAUUCAGAGGGCUUCAAUUAUUUUGGUCUUACUGAGAUUAACUGUCAGGGCCCAGGUCUGACAGAAUCUGCGCAGAAGAUCUAUGUGCUGCUGUAGGCCCUCCUUGGUUGGGGACAGAUCUAGGUGCUGCUGUAGGCCCUCCUUGGUUGGUAACAGAUCUAGGUGUUGCUGUAGGCCCUCCUUGGUUGGUAACAGAUCUAGGUGCUGCUGUAGGUCCUCCUUGGUUGGGAAGAGAUCUAGGUGCUGCUAUAGGCCCUCCUUGGUUGGUAACAGAUCUAGGUGUUGCUGUAGGCCCUCCUUGGUUGGGGACAGAUCUAGGUGCUGCUGUAGGCCCUCCUUGGUUGGGGACAGAUCUAGGUGCUGCUGUAGGCCCUCCUUGGUUGGGGACAGAUCUAGGUGCUGCUGUAGUCCCUCCUUGGUUGGGAACAGAUCUAGGUGCUGCUGUAGGCCCUCCUUGGUUGGGGACAGAUCUAGGUGCUGCUGUAGGCCCUCCUUGGUUGGUAACAGAUCUAGGUGCUGCUGUAGGCCCUCCUUGGUUGGGGACAGAUCUAGGUGCUGCUGUAGGCCCUCCUUGGUUGGGGACAGAUCUAGGUGCUGCUGUGGGCCCUCCUUGGUUGGGGACAGAUCUAGGUGCUGCUGUAGGCCCUCCUUGGUUGGGGACAGAUCUAGGUGCUGCUGUAGUCCCUCCUUGGUUGGGGACAGAUCUAGGUGCUGCUGUAGGUCCUCCUUGGUUGGUAACAGAUCUAGGUGCUGCUGUAGGACCUCCUUGGUUGGGGACAGAUCUAGGUGCUGCUGUAGGCCCUCCUUGGUUGGGGACAGAUCUAGGUGCUGCUGUAGGCCCUCCUUGGUUGGUAACAGAUCUAGGUGCUGCUGUAGGCCCUCCUUGGUUGGGGACAGAUCUAGGUGCUGCUGUGGGCCCUCCUUGGUUGGGGACAGAUCUAGGUGCUGCUGUAGGCCCUCCUUGGUUGGGGACAGAUCUAGGUGCUGCUGUAGUCCCUCCUUGGUUGGGGACAGAUCUAGGUGCUGCUGUAGGUCCUCCUUGGUUGGUAACAGAUCUAGGUGCUGCUGUAGGACCUCCUUGGUUGGGGACAGAUCUAGGUGCUGCUGUAGGCCCUCCUUGGUUGGGGACAGAUCUAGGUGCUGCUGUAGGCCCUCCUUGGUUGGUAACAGAUCUAGGUGCUGCUGUAGGCCCUCCUUGGUUGGGAACAGAUCUAGGUGCUGCUGUAGGCCCUCCUUGGUUGGGAACAGAUCUAGGUGUUGCAGUAGGCCCUCCUUGGUUGGUAACAGAUCUAGGUGCUGCCGUAGGACCUCCUUGGUUGGGAACAGAUCUAGGUGCUGCUGUAGGCCCUCCUUGGUUGGGGACAGAUCUAGGUGCUGCUGUAGUCCCUCCUUGGUUGGGAACAGAUCUAGGUGCUGCUGUAGGACCUCCUUGGUUGGUAACAGAUCUAGGUGCUGCUGUAGGACCUCCUUGGUUGGGGACAGAUCUAGGUGCUGCUGUAGGACCUCCUUGGUUGGUAACAGAUCUAGGUGCUGCUGUAGGCCCUCCUUGGUUGGUAACAGAUCUAGAUGCUGCUGUAGGCCCUCCUUGGUUGGGAACAGAUCUAGGUGCUGCUGUAGGCCCUCCUUGGUUGGUAACAGAUCUAGGUGCUGCUGUAGGCCCUCCUUGGUUGGGAACAGAUCUAGGUGCUGCUGUAGACCCUCCUUGGUUGGUAACAGAUCUAGGUGCUGCUGUAGGCCCUCCUUGGUUGGUAACAGAUCUAGGUGCUGCUGUAGGCCCUCCUUGGUUGGUAACAGAUCUAGGUGCUGCUGUAGGCCCUCCUUGGUUGGUAACAGAAGCACCAGAUCAUCAACAAACAGUAGACAUUUGACUUCAGGUUCUAGUAGGGUGAGGCCGGGUGCUACAGACUGUUCUAGUGCCCUCGCCAAUUCGUUGAUAUAUAUAUGUUGAAGAGGGUGGGGCUUAAGCCCCCAACACCACUUUCUAUCAAUUUGUAUAGCAGACCCUAUGACAUCCCCCAGGCCAAAUUGACUCUCUCGUCUUUUUCCGCAGCCGUCUAUGU